AUGGCACGGGUUAAGCAGUGUGCACCUGAUGGGAUGCCUAAUUCUGAUAUCCUCCUCAGGGAUCAGUUUGUGGAGCAUGUUUUUGAUAGCUCCCUUCGCCGUGAACUCAAGCAACUGGUCAGACGUCAGCCUACUGGCACCUUGUUGGAGCUUCGUGGUGAGGCAAUUAGGUGGGAGAGGGAAGGUCUUCCAGGAGGGGAUAGGGGGCGUAGCUCCUCCUUGCCAUCAGCUUAUGGUCUUCAAUAUGGAGUGCAGGGUCGCUUUCAAACCGCCCCUCCUGUUACUUCACCAGGGCCAGGGUUUAGUGAGUUGAUGAACCUUAUGAAGUGUCAACAGGAGCAGCUUAACCAACUCACCCAGGCAGUAGCCUCUCUACAGGCCCCCCGCUCCCGAGUGUCACAGGCACCUGGUCCCGUUAUUGCGGCCUUGCAGCAGUGCCAUCAGUCUGCCGCCCAGACCCCAGGGGGCCACAUUGGCAUUGUGAGAGUCCGAGGCAAACAAGCGGUGCGUAUACCUGGAGGAGUGAUGAAACUAGUUGCUGUUGCCCCCUCAGUGUCAGAUCGGUUAGAGUCAUUAGAUCUGUCUGAAUUGUCUGAGCAUGAGCAAGCCAAUGUAAACUCCCUAAUAGGCAAAUAUCAAUCUGUCUUUUCAACCCAUGAAGGUGAUUUGGGCUGCACCAACCUUCUCUCCCAUGACAUACCUCUGCUCGAUGAGGUUCCUGUUCGUCAGAGGUACCGGCGUAUCCCUCCCUCAGAAUACGAAGAAGUGAAGGCUCACAUUAAUCAACUGUUGGAGUCUCAGGUCAUUAGGGAGAGCUGUAGUCCAUAUGCAUCACCCAUAGUAUUAGUCAGGAAAAAGGAUGGGAACCUGCGCUUAUGCGUGGACUAUCGCCUCCUUAACAGUAAGACCAGAAAGGAUGCAUUCCCUCUGCCUCGCAUCGAGGAGAGCUUGGAUGCACUAUCUGGGGCUUGCUGGUUUUCCACCAUCGAUCUGGCCAGCGGUUAUAAUCAGGUCCCUAUGACGGAACAAGACCGACCCAAAACUGCAUUUUGUACACCAUUUGGCCUUUUCGAGUUUAAUCGCAUGCCUUUUGGUUUGUGUAAUGCCCCAAGCACCUUCCAGCGUCUGAUGCAGAGAAUGUUUGGUAAAGAGCAAGGUCAGUCCUUGUUACUGUAUCUGGAUGACAUUAUUGUCUUCUCAUCCUCUGUGGAACAACAUUUGCAGAGGCUGGAAAUAGUGCUUGAUCGGCUCCAAAAGGAAGGUCUUAAAGCGAAACUCGAAAAGUGUGUAUUCUUUAGACGGGAGGUCGGUUACUUGGGGCAUGUUAUCACAAGCCAGGGAGUGUCCACCGAUCCCAAGAAAAUCGAGGCUGUGUCUAAGUGGCAGCGCCCCCGCCACAUAUCAGAACUACGCUCAUUUUUGGGUUUCGCUAGCUAUUACCGUCGCUUCGUAGAGGGCUUUGCAAAAUUGGCCGGCCCUCUGCAUAAACUUGUGGCCGAGCUGGCAGGUACCAAAUCCAAGAAGGGGCCAGGCCUAACUUUAGGUGCUGCGUGGACACCUCAGUGUGAGGCGAGCUUUGAGGCCUUAAAGGCAAAGUUGGUCUCGUCCCCAGUGUUAGUAUAUGCCGACUUCAGAAAGCCUUUCAUUUUAGAAAUUGAUGCCAGCUAUAGUGGUCUUGGGGCUGUACUCUCACAGGAGACUGACAAUUGCGUGAAACCCAUGGCCUAUGCUAGCAGAGGCCUUCGACCCCCUGAGCGCAACAUGACAAACUAUAGUUCCAUGAAGUUGGAAUUCUUGGCACUCAAGUGGGCUAUGACGGAGAAGUUCCGGGAGUAUCUGUUGGGGCAUACGUGCAUUGUCUAUACCGACAACAACCCGUUGAGCUACCUCCAGUCAGCAAAAUUGGGGGCCACAGAGCAACGAUGGGCCGCUCAAUUGGCCGACUUUGACUUUACCAUUAAGUAUCGUUCAGGUCGCAGCAACAGAAACGCUGAUGCGCUUUCACGGCAGUAUGUUUCUGGCACCAAUUUAGUUGAUCAUGUCUUGCCUGGCACUACGGUCCCCCUAGCCUUUCAGCAAGUGCUACUAACAGAUCCGGGGUUGUCCGCCACUCAGUCCCUAGUCUCAGUUCUCCCAUCACACUCUGCACCUGAUCUCCGCUCCUUACAGGAAGAUGAUCCAUUUCUAAAAAGCGUGUUUGUGUUUUGGCGACGUAAAGCGCCGCCCACCUCGGCUGAACAGCAACAUUUGCCCAAGCCAGUCAUGGCAAUUCUGCGCCAAUGGGACCGCUUGGUGGAGAAAGACUAGGUUCUGCUCCGCCGAGUCUUCCGCUCAGACGGGGGAGAGGAGGCUCUCCAGUUAAUAUUACCUGCAGUUCUCAAGCAGGAGACCUUGAACCAGCUUCACCAAGAGCACAGCCACCAGGGCAUCGAGCGAACUACAGAAUUGGUCAGACAACGCUGUUAUUGGCCAGGAAUGUCUUCGGACAUUAAGAAUUGGGUUCAAGAGUGUGAGCGCUGCCAAGUCGCUAAGGACUCAGGGCAUGUGCCACAUAGUUUUAUGGGCCACCUGCUUGCCUCCCGACCCAAUGAGAUUGUGGCCAUCGAUUUCACACUAUUGGAACCUUCCCGGAACGGUUUAGAAAAUGUCUUAGUAAUGACAGACGUGUUUAGUAAAUUUACUGUCGCCAUCCCUACACGGGAUCAACGAGCCUCCACUGUGGCUCAGGUCUUAGUUCAGGAGUGGUUUUAUAAGUUCGGUGUUCCAGGCCGCCUCCACUCGGACCAAGGAAGGAACUUUGAGAGUUCUUUGAUUCACCAGCUCUGCUCUUUGUACGGGGUCACCAAAUCCCGUACUACCCCAUACCACCCUGCGGGUAACGGCCAAUGCGAGCGGUUUAAUAGAACUCUUCAUAACCUCCUUCGUACCCUACCAGUUUCACGAAAACGGGACUGGGCCUCCUGUCUGUCCCAGGUGCUGUUUUGUUAUAACACCACACCUCAUCAGGGCACUGGUGAGUCGCCGUUCCUUCUAAUGUUUGGGCAGGAACCUCGGCUUCCUGUGGACUUCCUUCUGGGUCGAGUUCAAGACCCAGUACCUGGCGGGGUGCAGGACUGGGUGGUCGAACACCAAGCUCGACUCAGAGUUGCUUUCGAGGGUGCUCGUGAACGGUUGUUGGCUGCUACUAGUAAAAGAAAAUCGCGGCAUGAUCAGCGGGUCCGAGACCUACCUUUCACAGUAGGCCAAUUAGUGUACCUGAGGGACCACAGCGUUAGAGGGCGACAUAAAAUCCAAGACCUUUGGAAUGCCCAGGUCCAUCAGGUUGUGAAGGCUCCCUGCGGUGAUGGAGCAGUGUACACGGUUACCCCUGUAAAUGACCCGCAGAAGGUCAAACGCGUACAUCGGGACAUGGUCAAGGCCGUGGUCCCGCAUGAGGUUGCAAAUUCCCCAUCUAACAUGCCCUCUCCGCCGUCCUUGGCCGUACGGGAUGAUGAGUCCUCUAAUGCCGGAGACUUGUGGGUUUUGGUUCAGGAAACCCUUUGUCCACAGUCUGCGGUGGUUCCAUCUCCCCUAGGGUUCCUACCCGAGCAGCUAGAUCACGUGUCACAGGCACCUGGUCCCGUUAUUGCGGCCUUGCAGCAGUGCCAUCAGUCUGCCGCCCAGACCCCAGGGGGCCACAUUGGCAUUGUGAGAGUCCGAGGCAAACAAGCGGUGCGAAUACCUGGAGGAGUGAUGAAACUAGUUGCUGUGUCAGAUCGGUUAGAGUCAUUAGAUCUGUCUGAAUUGUCUGAGCAUGAGCAAGCCAAUGUAAACUCCCUAAUAGGCAAAUAUCAAUCUGUCUUUUCAACCCAUGAAGGUGAUUUGGGCUGCACCAACCUUCUCUCCCAUGACAUACCUCUGCUCGAUGAGGUUCCUGUUCGUCAGAGGUACCGGCGUAUCCCUCCCUCAGAAUACGAAGAAGUGAAGGCUCACAUUAAUCAACUGUUGGAGUCUCAGGUCAUUAGGGAGAGCUGUAGUCCAUAUGCAUCACCCAUAGUAUUAGUCAGGAAAAAGGAUGGGAACCUGCGCUUAUGCGUGGACUAUCGCCUCCUUAACAGUAAGACCAGAAAGGAUGCAUUCCCUCUGCCUCGCAUCGAGGAGAGCUUGGAUGCACUAUCUGGGGCUUGCUGGUUUUCCACCAUCGAUCUGGCCAGCGGUUAUAAUCAGGUCCCUAUGACGGAACAAGACCGACCCAAAACUGCAUUUUGUACACCAUUUGGCCUUUUCGAGUUUAAUCGCAUGCCUUUUGGUUUGUGUAAUGCCCCAAGCACCUUCCAGCGUCUGAUGCAGAGAAUGUUUGGUAAAGAGCAAGGUCAGUCCUUGUUACUGUAUCUGGAUGACAUUAUUGUCUUCUCAUCCUCUGUGGAACAACAUUUGCAGAGGCUGGAAAUAGUGCUUGAUCGGCUCCAAAAGGAAGGUCUUAAAGCGAAACUCGAAAAGUGUGUAUUCUUUAGACGGGAGGUCGGUUACUUGGGGCAUGUUAUCACAAGCCAGGGAGUGUCCACCGAUCCCAAGAAAAUCGAGGCUGUGUCUAAGUGGCAGCGCCCCCGCCACAUAUCAGAACUACGCUCAUUUUUGGGUUUCGCUAGCUAUUACCGUCGCUUCGUAGAGGGCUUUGCAAAAUUGGCCGGCCCUCUGCAUAAACUUGUGGCCGAGCUGGCAGGUACCAAAUCCAAGAAGGGGCCAGGCCUAACUUUAGGUGCUGCGUGGACACCUCAGUGUGAGGCGAGCUUUGAGGCCUUAAAGGCAAAGUUGGUCUCGUCCCCAGUGUUAGUAUAUGCCGACUUCAGAAAGCCUUUCAUUUUAGAAAUUGAUGCCAGCUAUAGUGGUCUUGGGGCUGUACUCUCACAGGAGACUGACAAUUGCGUGAAACCCAUGGCCUAUGCUAGCAGAGGCCUUCGACCCCCUGAGCGCAACAUGACAAACUAUAGUUCCAUGAAGUUGGAAUUCUUGGCACUCAAGUGGGCUAUGACGGAGAAGUUCCGGGAGUAUCUGUUGGGGCAUACGUGCAUUGUCUAUACCGACAACAACCCGUUGAGCUACCUCCAGUCAGCAAAAUUGGGGGCCACAGAAAUUGGAAGGAACUUUGAGAGUUCUUUGAUUCACCAGCUCUGCUCUUUGUACGGGGUCACCAAAUCCCGUACUACCCCAUACCACCCUGCGGGUAACGGCCAAUGCGAGCGGUUUAAUAGAACUCUUCAUAACCUCCUUCGUACCCUACCAGUUUCACGAAAACGGGACUGGGCCUCCUGUCUGUCCCAGGUGCUGUUUUGUUAUAACACCACACCUCAUCAGGGCACUGGUGAGUCGCCGUUCCUUCUAAUGUUUGGGCAGGAACCUCGGCUUCCUGUGGACUUCCUUCUGGGUCGAGUUCAAGACCCAGUACCUGGCGGGGUGCAGGACUGGGUGGUCGAACACCAAGCUCGACUCAGAGUUGCUUUCGAGGGUGCUCGUGAACGGUUGUUGGCUGCUACUAGUAAAAGAAAAUCGCGGCAUGAUCAGCGGGUCCGAGACCUACCUUUCACAGUAGGCCAAUUAGUGUACCUGAGGGACCACAGCGUUAGAGGGCGACAUAAAAUCCAAGACCUUUGGAAUGCCCAGGUCCAUCAGGUUGUGAAGGCUCCCUGCGGUGAUGGAGCAGUGUACACGGUUACCCCUGUAAAUGACCCGCAGAAGGUCAAACGCGUACAUCGGGACAUGGUCAAGGCCGUGGUCCCGCAUGAGGUUGCAAAUUCCCCAUCUAACAUGCCCUCUCCGCCGUCCUUGGCCGUACGGGAUGAUGAGUCCUCUAAUGCCGGAGACUUGUGGGUUUUGGUUCAGGAAACCCUUUGUCCACAGUCUGCGGUGGUUCCAUGUACCAGGCCUUUGGAAAGCCCUCCUGUCCUGAUCCCAUUGGAGAACAGGCCCAGUAUCUCAAUACCUGUUGCUUGUUUGCCUUCUUCCUUACCAGCUCCCCUAGGGUUCCUACCCGAGCAGCUAGAUCACGGUCAGUUGGCCCUGCGCCGAUCUGCUCGGUCCACGGCAGGGCACCACUCAAAUGUCCACCAUCUUCCUUGCCCUGUUGAGCUACAACCUCAGGAAAACAAUACACCCCUAGGCCCGAUGUCCAAUGCCCAGUUGGCCAUUUUUAGGCCUUGGUGUUAA